GCCACAACUGAUUUGAAAUCGAGAAGUCAAUGGUGCUGUUGUGGCUUCCGUGCUCUGCUUUUGUUGUAUCGUGACAUUCGAAAGAGAUGGCAGGAAGUCCCAAGCGUACACAAAAUGAAGAGGUCCUGAGUGACUCAAUGAGACGUUUCCAUAGCUACCUCCAUGGUGGGACUUCAAGCUUGUUCUCCACACUUAUUGUAUUCCCAGUCUACAAAACUGUUUUCCGCCAACAAAUCCACAAUAUUCAGGUUCACCGGGCGGUAGCGCAGCUCCACAAAGAAGGUCUUGUCAGGCUCUACAGGGGUGUGACACCACCGUUACUGAUGAGGACACUCAAUGGUACUCUGCUCUUUGGACUUCAAGAUACCUUCCUCCGCGUGCUCUCCGUGCCCUCCUUCAGUGUCAUCCCGUCCUCUGUGCUUCCUGCUGUAGCGGGGUUGGGUGUAGGAAUGAUGGAAGCGCUGCUCUUUACACCUUUUGAGCGUGUUCAGAACGUGUUGCAGAGUGGACACAAUGACCGCCGCUUACCGACACUGAAGAGUGUUCUCGUUAAACUGAAGGCCCAAGAGGUGGGCUCUGGCUACUACCGUGCCUUCCUGCCCAUUGUGGCACGUAAUGCCUUGGGCAGCUCCCUUUACUUUGGCUUGAAAGGACCCUUGAGUGUUGCUGUAGCCGGGCACGGGCUCUCUCCAUUGGCAUCCUCCUUCGUUUCUGGUACUGUGGUUUCCAUGGCGAUCAGCCUGACCUUGUAUCCGCUGUCUGUGCUGGUGGCCAACAUGCAGGCGGAGGUGCAGACUGAGGUCAGAGGGGUGAUGGCCUGCUGGAGGAUGCUGUGGAACUCCCGUCAGAGGAGCGUCCUUUUACUGUACCGCGGGGGUGCCUUGGUUAUUCUGAGAUCGUGUAUCACCUGGGGAAUCACCACAGCCAUCUAUGACAGGCAGCAAAAAACAGUCAAGCUGAGUGGCUGCUAAUAUUAAUCAAUGAACAACAACAACAAAAAAUAAAUAAUAUCCACUGUAUUUAUUGGAUUUUCUUAAAUUGAAGCAAGCUAAAAUUGAUCAAUAGCUGCUUCAUCAACCCUAGGAGAGAAAAAAUAGUACAGCUGACAAAAUCAAAGAAGACUGUAGCUAAUGUCGACAUUCACCACUCUAUAUCAAUGUCGUAUGAUGCCUUUAGUUCUUAUUUUAUUUCAACUGACACUAUUCACAGUGAGGGAUACUCAACUUUCAGAUUCAGGUUUAGCAUUGACUUACAACAAAUUUACAGAUGAACUUCAUUAGACCGCUAAACCUUUGCUAGCACACGUUCGGCUGUUCAGUAUUUCAAUACUGCUAAUGCACACAACUUGCUAUUCUCAAGAAUGCACGUCUAUACUAUCUAUGUUCUAUCUGUGAUGUGUGACACACUCUGUGAUGGCACUCUGCUGCUCUAACCUUAGUGGCCACAUCCCCUGAAAACAUCCUGUAUGAAACCUUGUAGUAGUAAAGUACUGUUGAUCAAUUGUUGGGUGUCGUCUUGGCCUAUGAUAGCAAAGUGUGAAUAGAAUUUAGAGGACUGUUUCAAUUCCAAUUUUAAUUGAAGCGGGAAAGUUCUCAAACCCUGUGGUUUACCAAUCAGCUUCUUGUUAGAGAACAGCAAGUUGUCCAAAAGAACUGAAAAUGUAACAUUUGAAACUUUCAAAGAAGGUCAAAUUAAAUUAAUCUGUGAUAGUUUUAGUGCAUGUUAGGUUCAUUAUGAAGUUUCACUGAAAAGCUGAGUAGCCCAUCAUUUUUGAGGGUGGUGUGUACUGUACAAUAAUGUAGCCAUAAAUCAGAACUAUGAAAAGAAAGUGUUUCAAAACAAAACAGGAAGCCAUCUUAAUUCCCUGUUUUCGGCCUCCAUGUUGCAGGUUGGACAAGUACUGCAUUAAUCCACUGGAAAAUAAAGGUUCAGGGGAAUUAUGUGUCUUGCAUUUCUACUGCAUCAAAGAAACAGAACGGAAUUAUAUCCUUUUUGUAUUUUGGAGCUAAAUGGAUUCAUUUUCAAUAUACAGUAUAAUGUUGAGGGUGUAGAUGUCUUAUGUCGGUGUUUUAAUGGCUUAAAAUAGUGCUAGGUUCUUCCACCAAACAGUAUUAUUCUAUGAAUAAAGGUGAAAUCACUCAACACAUUCAAAAUGCCAAAUAAAACCUCAAUAUAAAUGUGUACAGGACAUCUUAGUUAAGUAGAAUAUUAAAAAAAAAUUGCUCAGUUCAAAAAGUUGAACUUGUAUAUUGGACAGCUUCAUUAAAUGCACAGAAAAAAAUGUUUAUGCCUAUUUUUAAAAUUGUAUUUUCUUGUGUAGUAUUCUAAUAGGUUGAGAUUGUAAAUUGAGGGUUUUGGUUAGCUGUAAGUCACAAUCAUGACUUUGGUAUUAAAAUAGUGAAAUAUUUUGAUGUAUCGAGGUGCACCUGUACUCUCUCUGUUCACAACAUUAUGUACAGCUUCACAAUUUCUUUCAAUACUAUCAAAUAUAAGACCUGUGUUGGAAAUAUAGUAUGUGUCCUUUACAAAACGAAUAAUGCUCAGUUUUGAUUGAAUUGGUCACAGGUGGUAUAAAGUAAGAAUACAAAAAUGUGUGUUAAUGCGAUCAAUGACCGUUGUGUAGAACAGGAGUGCAUCAUACUGAAAAAUUAAUCUAACAUACUGUAUUGUUUCGGGAAUGUCUUAACAUGUCAAUCAGAACUGUAAUAUACUGUAUGUAUAAAGCCACCAUUUUGAAUGAGUCCUCAUAUUUAUUUGCAUUAGGUUGUACAAUUGUAGCCACCGAAGUGUAAAAUAUAGAUAUUAAA